ACCCUCCCCUCCGCCCGCGGCAUCCGCCGUCCCGCCCGCUCCCGCUCCCUUCGCCCGGCGUUGGACAGCAGCCGCCACCGCCGCCUCCUCGGCCCAGCCCGCCGCCCCUCCGCUGCCCUCCCCGAGAGCCGCGCAGCGCGAAGAUGGCGGCGUACAAAUUGCUCCUGCCGCCGCUCAGCCGCCGCAUCCUCCUUCCCGCCGCGCGGCCGCGGGGCGACGGGGCUAAGAUUUGUGGAUGCUAUUUUUCUACCAGCUGUCAUCGCAACACCAAAUUUUAUACUGAUCCUGUUGAAGCUGUAAAAGAUAUACCCAAUGGAGCAACUAUACUUGUUGGUGGUUUUGGAUUGUGUGGGAUUCCUGAAAACCUCAUUGGGGGUUUACUGAAGACUGGAGUAAAGGGAAUAACAGCAGUCAGUAAUAAUGCAGGCAUUGACAAUUUUGGACUUGGUCUUCUGCUUCAGACUAAGCAGAUAAAACGCAUGGUGUCAUCAUAUGUUGGAGAGAAUGCUGAAUUUGAACGCCAGUAUUUAUCUGGUGAGCUUGAAGUUGAGCUUACACCUCAGGGUACGCUCGCUGAACGUAUUAGAGCAGGAGGAGCAGGAAUCCCAGCAUUUUACACCAGUACUGGCUAUGGGACGCUGGUGCAGGAAGGGGGUGCACCUAUCAAAUACAACACUGAUGGCACCGUUGCCAUUGCCAGCCAGCCAAGAGAGGUGCGAGAGUUUGAUGGCCGUCACUUUAUUCUGGAGAAGUCAAUUACUGGAGAUUUUGCUCUAGUGAAGGCAUGGAAGGCUGAUCGUGCAGGAAACAUCAUUUUCAGGAAAACUGCAAGAAACUUCAACCAACCUAUGUGCAAAGCUGCCAAGACAACUGUGGUAGAGGUGGAAGAAAUUGUUGAUAUAGGAGCAUUUGCCCCAGAAGACAUUCAUGUUCCCAAAAUCUAUGUUGAUCGUCUGAUACAAGGAGAGAAGUUUGAGAAGAGAAUUGAACGCUUAUCAAUCCGAAAGCCUGAAGACUCAAAAGCCAAACAAAAACAAGGAGACAAUGUGAGAGAGAGGAUCAUCAGACGGGCUGCUUUAGAGUUUGAGGAUGGCAUGUAUGCUAAUCUGGGUAUUGGAAUCCCACUGUUGGCCAGUAACUUCAUCAGUCCAGACAUAACUGUUCACUUACAGAGUGAAAAUGGAGUCCUGGGUUUGGGUCCUUAUCCACUUGAAAAUGAAGUAGAUCCAGACCUGAUUAAUGCAGGUAAGGAGACAGUCACUGUUCUUCCAGGUUCUUCCUAUUUCUCUAGUGAUGAAUCAUUUGCAAUGAUAAGAGGAGGCCAUGUUGAUUUGACAAUGCUUGGAGCUAUGCAGGUGUCUAAGUACGGUGACCUGGCCAACUGGAUGAUUCCUGGUAAGAUGGUGAAAGGAAUGGGGGGUGCCAUGGACCUGGUAUCCAGUGCGCAAACCAAAGUGGUUGUCACCAUGGAGCACUCAGCCAAGGGCAAUGUCCAUAAAAUCUUGGAAAAAUGCAAUUUACCACUUACUGGGAAACAAUGUGUAAACCGCAUCAUUACAGAGAAGGCUGUGUUUGAUGUGGACAAGAAGAAGGGAUUGACCCUUGUGGAAAUCUGGGAAGGACUGACAGUGGAUGAUAUCAAGAAAAGCACUGGCUGUGACUUCACAGUUUCGCCAAAACUAAUACCAAUGAGGCAGAUUUAAACGUGAAAUACAGACUGGGCUUAACUUGCCAGAAGGCUUGUUUCCAAAUGGGAUCUUGGUGAAGAGAAAUCGAUGACUGUUUUGCAAUUUUACUUCUUCUUCUUCUUCUUCUUUUUUUUUUUUUUUUUAAGGGCUUUGUAAGUAGUUUCCAGAUAGUAAAACUCAGGCUGUGACUAUCAGCCUAAAUUGUAUUUUACUUUCAUAACAUUACCAAUUUUAAUGGAAGGGUGAAUUUAUUGCCUAAAUUUUGAAUAAUGCUAUACUAAAAUGUUAAUGAACACUGUCAAAAAAAUGCCUUGUAGUAUCUCUGCCAAAUACUACAUUUUUUACACAGAUUCAGAAAACGACCAUGCAAAGCUUAUGAUUGCCUCUGCUUUUUCUGAUGUCGUUAAACUUACAAAUCACUCCAUUGCUCUGGAACUACAGCACUUAGCACGUCCAUUCUUCUGUAAAGGUAUGGGCUUUUUGUCUGGAGUGGUCUGUAGCAAAGGUAUGCAGCGGUAGAGAGACAUCAGGAAUAUGGACUUCCCUUCUCCUAAACCUUUUCACCAGUCUGUGACAAAACUCUUUAUACCAGUGGAAAUAACUGGGUCCUUAGCCCUGAAUGUAUAUGCUGUUUCCACAGUGUGUGUGUGUUGGCAUUAAGAAGCCUACACCUCCCGAAGUCCAACUCUGAUCCCUUCUAUUUAAAUCAUACAAAUUAGAAUGGGGCUAGUAUGAAGGAGGAAGAUGAUAAUUAAAAGGUCUCCAUCCCCACGCAGACAGCUGGCAGCUGCACAGUUGUCCCACAUAAACUGCUCUUACUCUCCAGAUACAAUCCUCCCCAGCCCCAUUCAAAGGCAAAUGAAGAUUGUUUAACAUAGAGAAACAGGGGAGGAGAAUGUUGUGGGCACUUGGAAGAUUUCUUCUGAAGGGAAUACAGCUGGUUAGGAGUAAAAGCCAUAAGUUUGCACCACUUGCCGAUCAAGGCAUCAGCAAAAACUAAAGAGUUUGGAACCCGAACUCGUGAUAACCAGAAUGAAUGCCAUGAGACAAUCAAAAUGAAAAGUCACUCUCUCAUACUGGUUCUGCUAUUUAAUAAAGAUCUUCCUUUCUUUGUUAUUCGUUACAAAAUGACUGUUAUUUUUGCAAAUAGGUGAUAUGACAGCAUUGGAUCUCACAUCCCAAAUCAACAUAAUAUAUCUUUAUUAUACAGAGUAUGAAUUGACUGGAAAUCUGCAUUUCUAAAAUACAGUGUUCUCUCCAAGUAUAAUGAUUUCUGUCAUUCAUAUAAAUAGGAACACUUAAAACACUUCAGUUAAAAUAAUUCCUGACAUAAUAUUUGACAUCAGGACUGGAGCAGAUUAAAUGACUGAAAAACAUGUAAAAUGUAGAUGCACAAAUAAAUAUAUAUAUAUAUAUGCACACACACACCCCCCCACCAUACAUAUGAUAAACAGUGUUGGGAUAUGGUAUAGAAGGGCAUUCUAAUAGUAGAUGGAUGAGGUAUUCACCGUAGUCAGUGUGUGUAGUGGAAUGAAUGUAACACAUUUCUAGGGAACCAGAUAGGAAAAUUCUGCAAUAUUUAGCUGCUGUACUAGCCUUUGUACUGCAUUUUUCCAUGCUAAAAUAAGAAGCGCUUCUCUUGCAUGUGACAGUUAUAAAAUUUGGCUUGAUCCACACGUGGGUUUUACAGCAGUUAAACUGUUUUGAUUGGAGAGAUUAUUUUUUUUAGUUGCACUUACUCUAAACAAUUCUUCAAUAAUUUCUUGUCAAUACAAGAAUAGAUUAUCCUUCUUCCCACAAAGGAAUAAACAAAAUGCCUUUGUAAGCACCUUUAUGCUAGUACAAAAGUACUCCAUAAUCCUAAUUUGUAUGACUUGAACUCAUGGGUGCUAAUGGGUGGUAGGCCAUUGUAUAGCCUGAAUGUGUAGGCAAGACCUGAUGCUGAGCCCAUAGGAAAGAAACGUGUCAUACAGAGACUAGUGCUAAUUUAAUGACUAAACAUAUACAAGUGAUUUGGUUGAUAAGUAAUUUGCACGCAAGACUUGAAACUACAUUGAUCAAAGUGCUCCAGAUUACUUUAACCCUGGAUUAGCACAAGUUAGUUUUUACCUAGCCUUAGUUUUCACCUGGUUUCUUUAUUUAGGUGUAUUCCCUAUGUUACUCACUCAUUCCAACAAGUUAAUUUCUUAAAGUUUCUGUUGCCGUGGAGGCAGACACAAAUUCUGCUCACAGAGAUUUUGCAGAUUAAAAGUCUCUAUAUAACAAAAGGUGACUCUUUUAGCUCAAUGUGAAAUAGUUUUGAUUUUGGAUAGAGCAGCCCAGAGGCUUCUUCCGCAAUCCAUAAAGACACUUCAGUGACAAUUCUGACCCUUGUGGUCCUGUACAGAGCAAAAGGUGCCUAUUUUUGCCUUCAGGGUCAAGGGUGCGUGAAGAGCUGCUCUGAGGGGAUGGGUAUGAUCCCUGAAGGUGUCUUGUUCAUCGUCACUCAAAGCUCUCCUAGAGAGUACCCAGGAUGGAUGCUGGGUUUAGGGGAGGAGUAUAAAAACUAUUAUACAAGGGAAGGGAGUUACUAUUAGCUUAUCCAGAGGAAAAAAAUAUAGAUAGCUGGGGAAGUCUUAAAUAAAUCUAUAAAUGAAAUGUUGAUCUAUUGCUAUUACCUAUGCUACAUUAGUUGUAGGACUGAUUAGUUAAUUACAGCAAACAUUUACUGACAUAUAUAAAGCGCAGGAGAAGUGUCUGAGGGCAGCAUCAGGUGUAUGCUGCUGCUGCCAUAGAACUGUGCUUUGCUGGCAUACGCACAGAAGCCAUAGUUGUCAUUAAUAUAUGGCUAUAAAAAGACUAAUGACCUGGUAAUGUCUGGGAGUUCAGCACCUUGGUUUCUGAAGCAAAGAAUUAGGAGCCAAGAACUCCUGAGUUUCAGCUUUUCUAGCACUCCACUUACUGCCUUGAGAAAUGUCAUCUGUGCUCUCUGCCUUGUCUCCUGUAGGUGGAAAAGGAGAUGUUAUUCUUCCUACCUCACAGGGAUGUUGUGGGGAAUAACCAGCUAAGGUCUGUGCAACAGGUUAUUUUUUCUCUUCAGCUUGGAGAUCGAGAGUGUGGAAGAGUAUUUGAAGACUGUCAUACAUGCUGGAUAUUUGAGUUCUGUGUCUUCUCUUAAUUUGUUUCAGUGUUAAUGCAAGAGAGCAAAAGUCAAUAUGGUGCUGAAAACCGAGAAGAAAGGAGAACAGGCUCUCUCCAUAUACAACAGUGGUGCAAAUAUCUGCAUGGCACAAUUGAUUUUUUUUAUCUUGAGGACAUUAUAUUGUAGUAGAAUAUUGGUAUUGUUAUGAAAACAUCAUGUGUCUGCAGAAGCUAAUUGCAACAAGCUGUGACUCCACUUUUUUAAUUGAUUUGUAAAGUAGGAUUAGAAAUUAAAGCACUCAUAAGUAUUUCCCUCCCAGUGGACCCAAGUCUGGUUCAUAGGUAAGGUAUACUCUGAGCAGUAGUUGCGAUGAUUGGUAUGACAGGGAUGAGAGCUUCUCAUUCCUCUUUGGUGGUUGAUGGUAUGCACAAAUGUUUAUUGGGACAUCACUGAGAUCAUCCCCUGCUUGACAGCAUUUCACAAGACAAGGACAGCUGAUACUCUUUGUCCUGAAGAAGAUGAUGAUUCUACUAUAUUAUCACAUUGGACUUAUUUCACUUUAUAUUUUAUUGGCUUUUGUCAUGAAAAAGCAAAAAAAAGAAAUAUUAUAGAAAAUAUAGUUGUACUGUAAGCUCUGCAAACUAAACAUCAAAGUCCUCUAUGUAUUUGCAAAACAAUCAAUAAAAUAAAGAUUAAAAAUACCA